AUGAUCAUCGAUUCGGACGAGGAGAGCGCCCCCGAACCCCCGAAAGAAGAACAACCUGCCUACCAAUUUGAAGACGAUGAAACAGAAGUCGAUCCCGCAUAUCCAUUUGAACAUGUCUUGCGCCAGAUUGACAUCCCCCUUGGAAGUCGGGUUCUGGAGCUCGCAGUCCCUCGUGUUCUCCCCGAGACGGCUCGAUCGUCUCUCGACCCUUUUCCUCCUGCGCUGAAGGAUGUCAUGGUGAUUUCCGCAGUGUGCGCAGACUACUCGACUCGCAUUGUGACUCUUCCCUUGGCUCCCCCUCAUUCCACGCAAGAAGCCAAUUCGAUCCAGACACUUUCGAUCAGUGGGGGAGUGUCCCAUCAAGAAAUUCCGCGGGGAGUGAGCAUCACAUUCACGUAUCAGGAGAACGAGCCCCAGGAGGACCAAGAUAUGACGCGGAGCACUUCCCGCUCAAAUGGCCCGGGGCGGUGGGAUCUUCUUGUGGCGACGCACUCUGCCGAGUCUGCGGGACUUCUUCUCCUGCAUCGCAUCCCUAUCACCGAAGAAUUGGAGGACGGUCAUACAGUUUACCGCUUGUACUACGAGGAUAUCGAAACAAAGCGGCGCUAUCUGCCUUCUCCAGCCAAAAACAUCGCCUUCAACCCGUCCCCCUUCCCGUCCCCGCGUCAUUCUACCCUCCUCGUCGCGUUUCACGAUGGAUGCGUCAAGAUCUACUCCUGUUUCUCAAAGAAGCCGUCCCGCGCCUUGCGUAGAUCGUCGGGCCCCCAAAGUGGGUUUGAAACAUCUGGGACGGAAGGGAAAUGGCUGAUCAGCCUUUAUCCCGGAUUUGAACAGUCGCCUACGGGGCUGCCUCGACGAAAGUCGAUCAUCCAAGCGGAGUGGGUCCUUGGCGGACAGGCGGUCAUGGUCCUCAUGGCGGAUGGUGAAUGGGGUGUUUGGGAUGUGGAGGGAGCCGGCCCAGGGACUACCAAGGGACCCCUCGAACGCCAAUCGAGCGUGCAAGGCGUGACCGGCGGCUCGUUAACUGCUUUCUCCGUCAGUGGACGGAUCUUGAGCCCGCUCUCCGGAGGCAAUCGAUCGGAGAGCGCGCCAGUGGAGCAUCGGCCCAAGUUUGCGCCUCUGACACCGUCUACCAAACGUAUUCGGGAGGACACGCUGCUCAAGGGGGCGACCGGAGAGGUGACGAGCCCAUCCCUAUGCGGAGGGAUCUCAGUGUACCAAACCAAUUCUUACCGCGACGCACUGCCUGAUGAAUCGGUUCUUCUUCGCCACGGUAACCAGAGUGCCGUCAUCCCUAGCCUUCUGUCCCUGUGGCGGAACGCCGUGAAAUCGACUGGGACAUUUGAUGCAUCUAACCGUUGCCGGGUUUCUGCCAUUCAGGACCUAACUUUGAUGGGCGAGCAUUUGAAAGGCAUUGGGCAUCUUCCGGCUGCGACUCGCCGUACACGCGAAGCGGAUGGCCAGAACUUUGAUAUUCUGCUUACUGCUGAGCAUCGAAUCCUGAUUCUGGCACCGAGAUUGACUGAAUAUGAGGAGCCAUCUGUCUCGCGACGGUCUAUGAGCGAGACGCCCAAUGCAGAGGCUGACCAGAUCAUGCUGCGCCGCGGAGAACUGGACGUCAACGGCAUGGACCGGUUGCUCAGUGGCAUGGCGAACGCGAAUCAGUCUUUGCGGAUGGGAAGCCCUAUCAAACGCGCGCGCAUUUUCUCUUGA